AUGGAUGUCGUUCAAGCUGUAUCGGGGUAUAUCUCGAAGAUGGUGUCUGCAGGAGACGGAGCUUCUGGAACGCCAUCUGCGAAGAUGAAGGUCUUAUUACUGGAUAGUGAUACCGUGUCCAUUGUCUCUACUGCGAUUACACAAUCUGCGCUUUUGAACCAUGAAAUAUACCUCAUAGAUCGGCUGGAUAACCAGAAUAGGGAGAAAAUGCGCCAUCUGAAAUGUCUGUGUUUCGUUCGACCGUCGGCAGAGUCUAUACAAUUCCUAAUUGACGAAUUUCGAGAUCCCAAAUAUGGUGAAUACAAUGUGUACUUCAGUAAUGUUGUGAAGAAGUCAUCCCUGGAGCGAUUGGCAGAAGCAGAUGAUCAUGAAGUGGUCAAGCUAGUUCAAGAGCACUUUGCAGACUAUAUUGUAGUGAAUCCAGAUCUAUUUACAUUUGAUCUUGGAUUUCCGAAGCAACGAAUAUGGAGCUCAAAUCCAGACAUGUGGAAUCCAGACGCAUUACAACGUACAACCGAGGGGCUCAUCGCGGUGUUGCUAUCUUUAAAGAAGAAGCCACUUAUUCGAUACGAAAAGAACAGUUUGCUAGCAAAGAAGUUGGCUUCGGAAGUGCGAUACCACAUUGCUCAGGAAGAUCAGUUAUUUGACUUUAGGAAAGUGGAUACUCCUCCGAUCCUGUUAAUUUUAGAUCGACGGGACGACCCUAUAACACCACUUUUGACACAAUGGACAUAUCAAGCUAUGGUCCACGAACUUCUAGGCAUUAAGAAUGGGCGAGUUGACCUUAGCGAGGUACCAGAAAUCCGUCCCGAGUUGAAAGAAGUGGUUUUGUCGCAAGACCAGGAUCCGUUCUUCAAGAAGAAUAUGUAUCUCAACUUUGGUGAUCUAGGUGGCAAUAUCAAAGAUUAUGUCGAGCAAUAUCAAUCAAGAACCAAAAAUAGCUCGAAUAUUGAAUCCAUAGCUGAUAUGAAGCGCUUCAUCGAAGAAUACCCCGAGUUUCGCAAACUUUCUGGCAACGUCAGUAAGCAUGUCACCCUUGUUGGUGAAUUAAGUAGAAUGGUUGGUUCAGAUAAUUUAUUGGAAGUCAGUGAAGUCGAGCAGAGCUUGGCAUGUAACGAUGCUCAUGCCAGUGAUCUCAAAAAUGUACAGAGAUUAAUUCAGUCUCCCACUGUUACCCCCGACAACAAGCUGAGAUUGGUUGCCCUGUACUCGCUUAGAUACGAGAAACACCCGUCGAAUGCAUUACCGAUUCUUGUCGAUCUCCUUGGCGCAGCCGGAAACGUCCCUCAAAGACGUAUAGAUCUGGUAGCUAAGCUCCUCAUCUACCAUUCUUCUUUGCAACUGAACCAAUCGACGGGAGGUAUUACCGAUAUGUUCGAAUCCUCAAACAUAUUUUCUGGGGCCCGUGACCGAUUCAAGGGGCUAAAGGGUGUAGAAAAUGUCUACACGCAGCAUUCACCACGACUCGAGCUAACAAUUCAAGAUCUAAUCAAAGGAAAAUUGCGUGAUCAGCAAUAUCCUUUCGUUGAAGGUGGGGGGACAACUCGAGAUAAGCCUCAGGAUAUUGUUAUUUUCAUUAUUGGUGGAGCCACUUUUGAAGAGGCAAAAUGUAUAUCUCAAAUAAAUGCUUCUUCGCCAGGUGUUAGAGUGGUCUUGGGAGGUACCUCGAUUCAUAACAGCACGACGUUUUUGGAGGAAAUGGAAGAUGCUGUAUCCUUGUGGCCUGAACCUGCUCCAUCAACUGCUGCUGGGAGGUUACGAAAAGAAACAGGAAGACGUUGA